GCAGCCGCAGUGGCCGGCGCCGCAGCCAGGAGCCAUGGGCAAUAUCUCCUCCAACAUCUCGGCCUUCCAGUCCCUGCACAUCGUCAUGCUGGGCUUGGACUCAGCCGGCAAGACCACCGUGCUCUACAGACUCAAGUUCAACGAGUUCGUGAACACCGUGCCCACCAUCGGCUUCAACACCGAGAAGAUCAAGCUGAGCAACGGCACGGCCAAGGGCAUCAGCUGCCACUUCUGGGACGUGGGCGGCCAGGAGAAGCUACGGCCGCUGUGGAAAUCCUACAGCCGCUGCACCGAUGGGAUCAUCUACGUGGUAGACUCGGUGGACGUGGACCGGCUGGAGGAGGCCAAGACGGAGCUCCACAAGGUGACCAAAUUCGCCGAGAACCAGGGCACGCCGCUGCUGGUCAUUGCCAACAAGCAGGACCUGCCCAAGUCGCUGCCGGUAGCCGAAAUCGAGAAACAGCUGGCGCUGCACGAGCUUAUCCCGGCCACCACCUACCACGUCCAGCCGGCAUGCGCCAUCAUUGGCGAGGGCCUCACCGAGGGCAUGGACAAGCUCUACGAGAUGAUCUUGAAGCGCAGGAAAUCUCUCAAGCAGAAGAAGAAGCGGUAAAGCGCCGGGGGCGCGGGAAGCGGGGGGAGCGAGUGAGUCAGGAGUGAAUGAAUGGAUGUGGAUGGCCGGGCGGGAAUCCGCGCCCGCGAACAAAGACAGCGAACCAAAGCAAUGCUUCCAAUUUUCCAAACGGCACCUCUGCACCUCGGUGCGGGCCUGGGGACUCUAACCCGGGCCUGAAGGCCGACUUUCCUGGCCAGUCCUCACUCCAGGUCAGGGGACCUUUUGUCUGAAUGCCAGAGCUUCAGAUGGGCUGGGGG